GUGACGUGGGGUUGACGAGCGCGGCGGCGGGUUUGCCGAGAUCUGUGGUCGGCCGCAGCCGGUGCGGGGGGCGGCCGAGACCGAGAGGUGGAGAGGGGCGGUGUGUGGCCAGGGCCAUGACGGGCAAUGCCGGGGAGUGGUGCCUCAUGGAAAGCGACCCCGGGGUCUUCACCGAGCUCAUUAAAGGAUUCGGUUGCCGAGGAGCCCAAGUAGAAGAAAUAUGGAGUUUAGAGCCUGAGAAUUUUGAAAAAUUAAAGCCAGUUCAUGGGUUAAUUUUUCUUUUCAAGUGGCAGCCAGGAGAGGAACCAGCAGGCUCUGUGGUUCAGGACUCCAGACUUGACACAAUAUUUUUUGCCAAGCAGGUAAUUAAUAAUGCUUGUGCUACUCAAGCCAUAGUAAGUGUGUUAUUGAACUGUACUCAUCAAGAUGUCCAUUUAGGAGAGACAUUAUCAGAGUUUAAAGAAUUUUCACAAAGUUUUGAUGCAGCUAUGAAAGGUUUGGCACUGAGCAAUUCGGAUGUGAUUCGACAAGUACACAACAGUUUUGCCAGACAGCAAAUGUUUGAGUUUGAUGCAAAAACGUCGGCAAAGGAAGAAGAUGCUUUUCACUUUGUCAGUUAUGUUCCUGUUAAUGGAAGACUGUAUGAAUUAGAUGGAUUAAGAGAAGGACCAAUUGAUUUAGGUGCAUGCAAUCAAGAUGACUGGAUCAGUGCAGUAAGGCCAGUGAUAGAAAAAAGGAUACAAAACUGGCUCCCCGCUCUGUGCGUGUCCUCCCUCUGCGCCGUGACCCGAGCAGGCUGUGAAGGCGCCGCGGCCCGAGCCCCAGACCUCCGCGCCGAGCUGGCCUGCUGCCGCCUAGCGGGACCUCCGGCCCCCUCCUCCCGGCCUUUGCUCCAACAAAGCCGGGGGAAAUCAUUUCGAGGGUGUGAACUGGAGCUCAGGGGAGUGGUCGGAGCCGGAGGCCCUUUUCAGGCUGAAGGCGGGAGUCCGGCCGCCGAGGGCAGGGGUCCCGGAAGCCGCGAGAGGAAUGUGCUUCCGGAGCGAGGCUGGGGUCACCGCAGUCAGCGUCUCUCUCAUCUGGUCGGGUGUCCGGAGGUGACGUGCAGACGCAGGUCCGGGCUCGCAGAGAACGCUCCGGAACGACUGCGGGACUGA